CAUCGCUUUCAAUCCAGACUCCUUCCUCCCUCUUCAUACCCUCUUUCGUCACGCCCUUCCAUACCCUCUUGCCUAUCUUCACUCCUUAUCUCCCUUCCAUCCUUUUUUCUCGCGCACCGAUUUAUACGGAAACCAUAAUACCUUGUAUGGAUUGACAAAUCACCACUGGUUUCAUCUUUUCAGUUUCCAUAUUCCGCCAUCCGCCAGUUCUCAGCGAGAGGACAAAUUGGGCGGUGGUGACUCAACUCGCUUUUUGAAAUCCCCAAUUCUCUCGCCACAUCAAGUCGAUUACCACCCAAUUCACAAUGUCGGGCAACGUCGGCGUCUACAUUCCCAAAUAUGCGUCAUACAACUGGACGGGCGCCCCCUCCGACUACGAUGCCCUUGCUACCAACGAACUGGGAGGCGAUUCUCGAACGGAGAACCUGAACAAAUGGUUCCAGUCCGGAGAUCAGGCCUUUAUCAUUGUGUCUUCUGCCAUGGUCAUGGUCAUGAUUCCCGGUCUCGCGUUCCUCUACUCUGGUCUUGCGCGCCGCAAGUCGGCUCUCAGUAUGAUCUGGGCCUGUAUGGCAUCCUUCUCCGUCGUCACAUUCCAAUGGUACUUCUGGGGUUACUCCUUAGCCUUCUCACCCACCGCUACCAACGGAUACAUCGGUAACUUGCGCAACUUCGGUCUCAUGAAAACGCUCGCCGACCCCAGCCCUGGAUCUCCCCUCGUCCCGAAUCUGCUCUAUGCCUUCUAUCAGAUGCAAUUUUGCGGUGUAACGGCGGCCAUCAUUAUGGGAGCGGUGGCUGAAAGAGGUCGUAUGCUGCCGGCCAUGGUGUUUGUUUUCAUCUGGGCUACUAUUGUCUACUGCCCCUUGGCAUGUUGGGCUUGGAAUGCGAAUGGAUGGGCGUAUAAGUAUGGUGUCUUGGAUUACGCGGGUGGUGGUCCUGUCGAGAUCGGAUCUGGUCUGUCUGCCUUCGCUUACUCGAUGGUUCUCGGUCGCCGCCAGGAACGAAUGAUGCUCAAUUUUCGUCCGCACAACGUCUCGCUCAUUUUGCUUGGCACCGUCUUUCUCUGGUUUGGAUGGCUGGGAUUUAACGGUGGUUCGGCCUUCGGAGCCAACUUGCGUGCCGCCAUGGCAUGCUGGAAUACCAACCUGACUGGAGCAUUCGCGGCCAUGACCUGGGUGUUGCUCGAUUGGCGCUUGGCUCGCAAAUGGUCCAUGGUCGGAUGGUGUUCCGGCACUAUCUCGGGUCUCGUUGCGGCUACUCCUGCCUCGGGUUUCAUCCCUCCCUGGGCCAGCGUGAUUCUUGGUGUCGUGACCGGCAUUGUUUGCAACUACUCCACCAAGGUGAAAUACUGGGUUGGGAUUGACGACUCGAUGGAUGUGCUUGCUGAGCACGGAAUUGCGGGUAUCGUCGGUUUGAUCUUCAAUGCUUUUUUUGCGGACGAUGCGAUCGUGGGGCUCGACGGAGUGAACACAGGAUCCCGCUCGGGCGGCUGGCUGAUCCACAAUUGGAAGCAACUAUACAUUCAAAUCGCUUACGUUGUGGCCACUUGCGCCUACGCUUUCGUCAUGUCUGCAAUCAUCGCCUACGCCAUUAACGCCAUCCCUGGUCUCAAGCUGCGCGCCUCGGAGGAAGCAGAACUUUUGGGUAUGGACGACGACCAACUGGGUGAAUUUGCGUACGAUUAUGUGGAAGUACGCCGUGACUACCUAGCCUGGACCCCUCAGAAGCACGACCAGUUGGAAGAUGGCCACGAGAUUCCGGCCGCAGCGCGGUACGGUAUUGGCGAGCACAGUGAAAUGAUGUUGGAUGGUCACGCCCCGGUUGGCGUGGACAGUCGCGGCUGCAGUGAAGGCGAGUCGGGCAUCCAGGAAAUCAAGAUGGCGCCGGCCCCGCGUCAAGUGGCCGAGCACAAUCCGGCACACGAGCCCGAACCUAUUGGGGAGUCGUUACCGGAAAUCCCCGUGCAGGGGAAGAUUGAGACCUGAUAAUCAGCUCGGCUAAUUGCUCUUUGCUUUUCUGUUCUAUUGUGAUAUCCAGCGUCGCCCUUAUCCCUGAGCCAUUUUUGUGUUCUGUCUUUUUCAGUGUAUAUCUGUCGGUGUGGGAAGCCCUCUUCUGAUACUUCUUUUUACUUUGCACGGCGUUACGUGGGAUCAGCACACCCGUGGGUCCUGUAUACCUACCUGCUGGGUGGUUUGUAUAUAUUAGGUUCUCCAGCUGGCGGGAUGAUUCUUUUCAGUGUUCAGGAUUGAUACCAUCACAUGCAUAGAUUUUGAUCGAAUU